CUCCAUACCAUCCCAUUGUUUGAGUUGAGAGAGCAUCCGGAGGUGUGUGUUGGAUAGCUUUAACAACUGGGACAACAACUUUUUUUAAACCCCCCUCAGGCCAGUUUUCAUUGUGCUCUGCUUUCAACAAGGUGAUCCCUCCCCCACUGAACACGCCUCCAACAAGGGUCAAAAGUUCCCCACCCAGUGGUGGAGACAUUCUCAUUUGGCUUUUGGAUUGACGUUGGGGUUGAACAAUGACGGUCAGCAAUGUGAUCAAAUACCUUCUCUUCACCUUCAACUUUUUAUUUUUUGUGGGUGGAAUCAUUAUUCUCAGUUUCUCCAUACACAUCAAGUGCAACAAAGCAGACUACCAGAUGACUGAUGAACUCCUGCCGGCACUAAACCUCCUGAUAUUUAUCGGUGCCAUGACUCUGAUUUUUGGCUUCCUGGGCUGCUGUGGAGCGUUCCGAGAGAACCGCUGCCUGCUGAUCCUGUUCUUCCUGGGCCUGCUCGCAAUGUUCCUCAUGCUGUUGGCCGUGGGAGUGUUGGGAGCCGUAUCAAGAACUGAAGCUGCCCAGGAGCUGGCGAGGGAACACAUGGAGCAGCUGCUUCCGCUGAGCGAACAGCCCAAGGAAGUUCAGGAGGAGUUUCAGAAGCUGGAAAUGUCCGGGUUCUGUUGUGGUUUAUCUGAAGGAUAUCUUGAUUGGGGAAACCCAACAGUGGUGCCCGACUCUUGUAACUGCACAGACACAUCCAGGAACUGCAUGGUUUUGGAUGAACGUGAGAUAUACUCGACACCGUGUAUGACGUACAUUAUGACGUGGUUGGACAGAGUAUCAGACUCACUCAUGGGGAUUGCGUUUGGAUUUGGUAUCUUGAUGAUUUUGGGCAUGGUUUUCUCAUUAGUCCUGAUCUGUCAGAUUAGGAAUGGGAAGAACUGUAUCUUUUAAAAUUAUUAUUACAAAGGUUCCCAGGUGAUGAUUGAAGGACAGAUCACCAUGUUAGUAUUAAUUGCAUCUUUACUGGGCUUUGCCUUGUUGUAUAUAUAUUUUUUAAAAUGCUUCUACUCUUUUGUACCUGUGGUUUAUAUGUUUUUGUAGAUUGCAACCACAAACUGCAU